AUGCCUCAAAGACCCAACCGUGGAAACAACGCAACACCAACCCCGCUGGAAAUAAACUCGGUUGCAUUCCAGGCAGCAGUGUAUGUUGCGGUCACUGCGGCACUUGCACAAAUUUGCAAUGGAAACAACGAAGAAGGCAACGGGCAGGGGGCCGGAAGCACAAAUCAAGGGAAAAACCAUGAAGCCGCACGACCAUGCACCUACAAGGAUUUCACCAACGCCAAACCUCGGACCUUUAAUGGGACGGGAGGCGUCAUAGCUCUAAAGAGAUGGAUUGAGAAAGUAGAGUCUGUCUUCGAAAUCUACGGGUGUCUGGAUGAGUGUAAGGUCAAGUUCACAUCCUGCACAUUCAUGGACCAAGCUCUCUCAUGGUGGAAUGGCCACGUAGAGGCCAUGACACUCCUGGUGGCGAACGUGAUGCCCUGGGAAGAGUUGAAGGAGAUGAUGCCAACAGAAUAUUGUCCUAGAGGUGAGAUUCAGAAGAUGGAGCAAGAGUUGUGGAACCUCACGAUCCAAAACUCCAACAUCGAUGUAUACAUAUCUAGGUUUAGCGAUCUAUCUCUUCUGUGUCCCAGAAUGAUCACCUCCGAAGAGAAAAAGAUUGAAAGGUUUAUCUGGGGGCUGACUGAGCCUAUUCAAGGGAAUGUCAUUGCAGCAAACCCUAAGACGUUUGCUAGUGCUAAGAGAUUGGCUAAGAAACUAUACGAUCAUGGCAAUAAGAAGAGUGCCAAGACAGUGGUAGCGGAGGCUAAGAAGGUGGAAGAGAACAAGAAGGGGAAAAACAACAAGCGGAAAGGAAAGCAAAACUCGGAAUUGUCUAAGAAGCAACAAACGCUGUGUGUCCAUGCUGCAACACAAACUAUUACCACACCACAUGCUCUAGCCUCAUCCAAACCAAAUGCUUCCAAAUAG